GGCGUGUCAGGCACCGGUUGGGGUGUCUCGCGCUUGGUGACAGCUCGCGCGUGCUGAUGAUGGCGGGCUUUUGUGCUGCAUUGCCUUUUCUGAUGAAGAUCUAAGCUAUAAUUACAUUUCUCAAAAAGUGUUGAGGAUCCUGUUGACUGAAAUGGGGAGAUUCCAGCCUCUGGUCAUUGAGUUGCGAGAAUAUUUAAAUAUGAAUCGGUUAAAGCAGUGGAGCCUUAUGUAAGACAUGGAUAGAUGCAAACAUGUUGGGCGGCUACGACUCGCCCAGGACCACUCUAUUCUGAACCCCCAGAAGUGGCACUGCAUGGACUGCAACACCACAGAAUCCGUUUGGGCUUGCCUGAAAUGCUCCCAUGUGGCCUGUGGGAGAUAUAUUGAGGACCAUGCACUUAAACACUUUGAAGAGACCAGGCAUCCUUUGGCUAUGGAAGUUAAUGAUCUCUAUGUGUUUUGUUAUCUUUGUGAAGACUAUGUAUUGAAUGAUAAUCCUGAGGGUGACUUGAAGUUACUUAGGAGUUCUCUGUCUGCAGUUAAAAGUCAGAAGCAUGAUCCAUCAGCAAGAAGUGGUAGGACACUGCGGUCAAUGGCUUUGGGUGAGGAUGUUUGCAGCCAUCAGAGGGCCCCUCAGGGACAGCCUCAGAUGCUUACAGCUCUCUGGUACAGACGGCAAUCAUUGCUAGCAAAAGCACUGCGGACCUGGUUUGAUAAGAGUUCUAGGGGCCAGCUAAAACUAGAACAAAAAAAGCAAAUGGAGGAAUUGGAGAGGAAGAAAGAAGUCGCUAGGCAGCGGCGUCAAGAGAUGAAGCGGAGAUUGUUGGAGGAAUUGGCAAACACUCCUCCAAGAAAGAGUGCUAGGCUUUUGUCACACAUUCGCAGAGAGAAUCUGAUUCCUCGAAAAUUCAGAGAUAUGGAAGCAAGUUCUCCUACCUCAAGACGAGUGCAGAGUAGCAAAUUUAAACAGUUCUAUUCCAUCCGGCGCAAGCCCCUCAUGACUCCUGGUGUGACUGGACUAAAGAACCUAGGAAAUACAUGCUAUAUGAACUCUAUCCUUCAAGUAUUAAGUCACCUCCAGAAGUUCAGAGAAUGUUUUUUGACACUGGACCUUUGUGAAACUGAGGAACUCUUAGCUAAGACCGUGAAUGGGAAAUCUAGAAUGUCUGGAAAGCUGGUCAGUGGGCUUGCUCCUACUGAAUCAGGGAGGAAUGAUCAACUGGGAUCAUAUGGCAGGCAGAGCUUGCCAGCUGGCCUAAAUGGUGGGUCCUCAAUAAACAAAAGUUUAGAAUUAAUACAGCCCAAGGAGCCAAGUUCAAAGCACAUCUCUCUUUGCCAUGAACUACAUACACUCUUCAGAGUCAUGUGGUCUGGGAAGUGGGCCUCAGUUUCUCCCUUUGCUAUGCUGCAUUCUGUGUGGAGUCUGAUUCCAGCGUUUCGAGGUUAUGACCAGCAAGAUGCUCAGGAAUUUCUCUGUGAAUUGUUGGACAAAGUGCAGCAGGAGCUUGAAUCUGAAGGAACAAAGCGCAGGAUCCUCAUCCCUUUUUCACAGAGGAAGCUCACCAAGCAGGUCCUGAAGGUGGUGAAUACCAUUUUUCAUGGGCAGCUACUCAGUCAGGUCACCUGUAUAACGUGUAACUAUAAAUCUAACACUGUGGAGCCCUUCUGGGAUCUUUCCCUGGAAUUUCCUGAACGCUAUCACUCCAUCAACAAAGGGAUUGCCCCUGUUAGUCAGACAGAGUGCAUGCUGACUGAAAUGCUGGCUAAGUUCACAGAAACAGAAGCUUUGGAAGGGAGAAUAUAUGCAUGUGACCAGUGCAACAGCAAACGACGGAAGUCUUCUCCCAAACCUCUUAUUCUAAGUGAAGCUAAAAAGCAGUUAAUGAUCUACAGACUACCUCAGGUCCUCCGGCUGCACCUUAAACGAUUCAGGUGGUCUGGACGUAAUCACCGUGAGAAGAUUGGGGUCCAUGUCCUCUUUGACCAGGUAUUAAACAUGGAACCUUACUGCUGCAGGGACACUAUCUCCUCUCUUGACAAAGAGACCUUUGUCUAUGACCUCUCGGCUGUUGUGAUGCAUCACGGGAAAGGGUUUGGCUCAGGACAUUACACGGCAUAUUGCUACAACACAGAGGGAGGGUUUUGGGUCCACUGCAAUGACUCCAAACUGAAUGUAUGUAGUGUGGAGGAGGUAUGUAAAACCCAGGCCUACAUUCUUUUUUAUACUCAAAGAACUGUGCAGGGCAAAGCAAAUAUCUCAGAAACACAACUUCAAGCUCAGGUGCCGUCCAAACUCAAUGAUAAAGACAGAAGACUGACCCUCCCCUGAAAGGAAGCAUUACUGUCUCAAUCACCUGAUUCACUUUCAAAACCUUUGGAGUUCACUCAUCUUAGCUGGAACAAAUACUGCUGCAGGAAUUAUUUGGAUCCACGGUCUCAAAAAGUGGGCGUCUUACUGUGCACAACUCUGUUCUAUGAGAUUGUAGCAGAACAUUUUUUUAAAGAGACAAAUGUAUUUGUAAACCCCUUCCUCUUCUAAACAAAGCAAAGAGUAACAGCC